AGUGGCGGUGACGCAGGGUGGAGGAAGGCGGCGCUCGACGCUCUCGCUGGGAACUGACUAGAGGAACGGAAAAUGGCGGACCUCGAAGACGUUACGCUGGACGGGAGACCGCUCCAGUCCCUCCGUGUAGCGGACCUCAAAGCGGCUCUGGAGGAGAGGGGGCUGUCGAAAAGCGGACAGAAGAAUGCUCUCAUUAAAAGGCUUAAAGGGGCUCUCAUGCUGGAGAAUUUGCAGAAGACCUCCACUCCACAUGUCGGACUGCAGCCUAACUCCCAGAUUGGCGAGGAAAUGAGCCAGAACAGUUUUAUCAAGCAGUAUCUGGCUAAGCAACAAGAGCUCCUGAGGCAGCGCCUGGAGAGAGAGGCUCGUGAAGCGUAUGAAACGAACGAGCAAGAGGGCCACACACAGGUUAACAACAGUACAUCGUGCCCUCCUCCUGCCCAGGAAGUCACACCAGCUGCUCAACAUAAGCCCCCUGGGCCCUCGGAUGGAGAGGGAUUCUUUGGUUCGGUCAAUGCAGGACAGGGGAACAGGAAUCAGGAGGCAGACGUGUCCAGCCCCCCUGCUUCCGGCUCUAUGACCAUGCGAGCUCCUGCCUCAGAGCAGCGGUCAGAGCGAGGUUCUGCCUCCAGCGAAGUUGCAGGCGACAGCGACGACGACGACAGCGAGGAGGACGGCGACGAUGAUGAAGACUGGGGCAGCAGCGCCCCAAGAAGAAGCCUCCGAGAGCCGGCCAGAAUGCCCGCGGCACGGUCCGGUGCAGCACGUCACCCGCAGCCCCAGCAGCAGCACAUUCCCCCCCUUUUGUCUCCUCAGCUCCGGCAGCCAACACCUCCUCCUUCCCCACCUCCAGAAUUAUCAUUCCCCUUACCUGACACCCCCAAACAGAGCCCACCGAGUCCCCCUGUCGCCGCGGCAAGGCACUCGCCCAGCUCCUCCAGCUCCGGCUCUUCCAGCAGCGGCAGUCGCAGUAGCAGCCCAGAGCCGCAGAGAAGUGCCGACCGUAAACCCGGUCCGCUUACCCUUCUGGCACGUAAAAUGGAGUCCGAGGGUGCCUUCUCUGGAGGAGGCUGGCAUGGCCCUGAUGGCGAAGGUGAUAGGCAAGACAGCAGUUCACCUUCAUCUAUGGCUUUUCCUGGCAAAGGGUCUCUAGAUGGUUUGGGAUCCGCCGGAGUGAUUCCAGGCACACAUUCAGCCCACAUUCAACUAUCUGGGGGUUUACGCAAGGUUGCUGUAGCGGAGGAAAGAGAGAGGGAGCGGGUGAUUGAGAUGGAAAGACAAGAAAAGCAAAGGCAACUUGAGCGGGCAGCGGAGGAAGAACGACAAAGAGCCAUCGCACUGGAACGGGAGAGAGAGAGGAUUGAGCGCCAGCAAGCUUUAGAAAGACAGGAGAGAGAAAGGCGAGAGAGGGAAGAAGCUUUGGCUAGAGAGAGGGAGGAACGAGAGAGGGCAAUGGAGCUAGAGCGGCAAAAAGAGCUUGAGAGACAGAGAGCUUUGGAGGAAGAACGUCAGAGGAAGGAGAAGGAGAAACGGGAGCGAGAGGAGAUGGAGAGGGCAAUGGAGCGAGAAAGAGCCAAGGAGAGAGAACGGCUAGAGAGAGAGAGAGCUCUGGAGGCUGAGCGAAGGGAGAAGGAAAGACUUGAGAGGGAAAGGGUAGAAAGAGAAAAAGCUCUGGAGAAGGAGAGAUUGGAAAAAGAAAGAAUUGAGAGAGAGAGAGCUCUGGAGAAGGAGAGAUUGGAAAAAGAAAGGAUAGAGAGAGAGAAAGCUCUGGAGCAGGAGCGAUUAGAAAAAGAGAGGAUAGAAAGAGAAAAAGCUCUAGAGCAGGAAAGAUUAGAAAGAGAGAAAGCUCUAGAGCAAGAACGAUUAGAAAGAGAGAAAGCUCUAGAGCAAGAACGAUUGGAAAAGAAAAGAAUAGAAAGGGAGAAGGCUCUGGAGAAGGAAAGAUUAGAAAAGGAAAGGAUAGAGCGAGAGAAAGCUCUGGCACAGGAAAGAUUGGAAAAGGAAAGAAUACAGCGUGAGAAAGCUGCCGAGUUGGAGAGGAUUGAGAGAGAACAGGCCUUAGAGCAAGAAAGAAUAGAAAAAGAAAAAUCUCUAGAGAAAGAAAAGAAGGAAAAAGAAAAAAUGGAACGAGAGCAAGCAUUGGAGAGAGAAAAAAGAGAGAGGGAGAAAAAAGAGCAGGCUGAGAGAGAGGCAGCUCUGGAACGGGAGAGGAUGGAGAAAGAGCGAGCUGAGAAAGAAAGGAAAGAACAGAUUGAGAGAGAAAAGGCCUUAGAGUUGGAGAAACUAGAAAGAGCACAGGCCCUGGAGAAGGAGAAGGCCUUGGAGCAAGAACGAGCUCAGGAACGAUUGGAGAAGCAGAUGGUAGAGCAGCAGCAGAAGAAGGCACUGCAUCAAGAAAAAGAGAGAGAUGCCAACCUUCUUCCUCCAAGUGGUAGCAGUGCCCCAGAGCAAGAAAAAUCCCAUGCCCCGGUGGCCCAGAGUGAAUCCCAGCCCUCAGACUCUGGUUCCACACCUCUUUCUCCGCAAUCGUCGUCUAAGAAGUUUCGCUUCCUUAGGGACUCCCCAGCUCGACCUCAGUCCGGUUCUAUUGUCAUCAAGCGGCCUCGUACAUUUUCUGACACCCCCCAGCCUCGGGCAUCCCCCGUCACUGCACCGACUAGCGUUGGGGAUCAAAGACCAGGAGGAACCCUGUCCUCCACCAACCAGGAAGAUGCACAGAUUCAGUCCAAGCAGGAUGUUGGCGCGGUGUCCGUAGGCUCUACAGGGACUAGAUCCGACGGACUGAACGCCAACCCCACUGCAGCCCACCUGGGUUCCAGAGAAGAAACAUCUACGGUGGAGGCUACAUUGCCAAAGGCCGAAGAGUCUGUUGAGGGGAAGGAUGAAAGGAAAGACUCUUCAAUUUCUGAGGAUAAAAGUGACAGAGAGGCAAAGAAAGAAGAGAAAAAAGCAAGACGAAGAUCAUCGUCAAACGAUUCCUCUUCCGCAGAUUCAGACUCUGGGUCUUCGUCUUCUCGAUCAUCCAGUUCAUCCUCAUCUUCUCAAGAUAAAGCGGUCUCCACCUCCAGGAAUAGACAGGAGGGGAAACAUGAAAGAGGCUCAUCACCGCUGGCGAUGGAGGCAGCUGAGUCUCAAUCUGAGGAUUCAAAGGAGCGCCCAAAGGCCUCCCGUCCUGAAAAAGAGCUGCCUGUAGACAGAAUUAACACCACGGAUGGAGACAUUCACACUAUGAAACAAACAGAUGCAAACAGAAAGAGAAAACACAGCAGGAUGGAAGAAGAAGAAGAAGAGGAACAACAAAGGCAGGAGAAAGAUCCUUCCACGGCGGAUCCAGAAAAGUCCUCAGAGUCCAGUGAGGAGACACCGAAGACUUUCUCCGGACGCAAGAUCUCCCUUGGUAGCAGCAAACAAUCUCCAGGCAAUGCAGAGGCCGAACAUGAGUCGGGGGCCGUGGCAGGUCGCAAGAGGAGGUGGGGCUCCAGCACAGCCGUCACUGCCAAAAAACCUUCCAUCAGCAUCACCACUGAAUCACUCAAGUCCCUGAUCCCAGACAUCAGGCCGCCUGUAGGCCAGGAGGCUGUAGUGGACCUACAUCCCGAAGAAGCCGCUCUGUCUGGGACCGAGGAUGAAGAGCGGGAGCGCUCCGACCAGGACCUUCAGAUCCGACGCACCGUCACGCAGGUGGUGCCCAUCGAGAGCCAAGAGAACGGACAAAAAGAGGCGAAGAGAAUGAGGCGGGAAGACUUUGAGGAAGACGAUUCUCAGGUAGAAGGGGAAAGCGUAGCGGCCCACGAGGGGCAGAUGGACACGUCUCUCCCAGCAACUGUGGAAACCCAGUCGCCAACACUAGCAAGCCAAGAUACUGAAACCAACACUGUGACACCCAGCGACACCCUCAUUCGUCGCUCCAUCAGCCAGCAGAAAACCGGCGUUUCCAUCACCAUCGACGACCCGGUUCGCACAGCCAGGCAGCCCUCACCGCCUCGAGGCCAAGUCUCCAGCAUCGUUCACAUCUGGAACCUGGUAAGGCCGUUCACACUCGGCCAGCUGAAGGAGCUGCUGAGCAGAACCGGCACUCUGGUGGAGGACGGAUUCUGGAUCGAUAAAAUCAAGUCCCACUGUUAUGUCACUUACUCGAGUACUGAGGAGGCGGUCGCUACCCGGGCAGCUCUUCAUGGAGUGAAAUGGCCUCAGAGCAACCCGAAGGUUCUCAGAGUAGACUUCUGCCAGCAGGAUGAGUUGGACUACCAGAAAAACUCCUCGGGAGCAGGCGACAGACCUGGAGGAGGAGAGGACACGGGACCCGCCGCCCCGGGACGUGGACGGACGUCGGGCCUGCCGUCGCUUCUCCCCGAGCGGGACCAGUGGGCGGAGCGCGAGCGGGAGAUGGAGCGCAGAGAGCGGGCACGGGCGGAGCGAGAGUGGGACCGAGACAAGGUGAAAGAGUUUGGGAAACCCGGAGAGGAGCGGGAGGGCGGCCCGCAGAGAUCUCAGUCCAGAGAGAAACGGCGAAAAGAGAGGGGGAAGAGCAAGGAGAAGAAGAUGGAAAAGAAAGCCGAGGAUCCUCCUGCAAAGCUGCUGGACGACUUGUUCCGCAAAACUAAUGCAGUUCCCUGCAUUUACUGGCUGCCCCUCACAGAGGAGCAGUUUCUUCAGCGAGAAGCGGCUCGAGCGGAAGAGGUAAAGGAGCGCGAGGAACGGCGGAAAGAGCGCGAGAAAAGACGAAAAGAGGAAGUAGAUGAGGAGGAGAAGAAAAAGGAGGAAGAGCGCAAGGAGAGAACGAAAGCCGCGGGCACCUCCGCCGGAAACCGGAGCGAGGGUGAGAAGGACAAGAACCGAGAGCGGGAGAGGGACAGAGACCGAGGUCGAGACAGAGACCGGGACAGGGAGAAAGACAGGGAGAGGGAGAACGACAAACGCAGGGACGGGUACCGUAGAUCUGGGGGCGGCGGAGCGGGAUCGAGCCGGCGCUCGCGCAGCCGGAGCGAACCAAGAGACAGGAGGCGCUGACGGGACUGCCAUGGAGACCGCCGCUCCUGCAUUUGCCUUUCACUACAUGUACUUUGUUACAACAAAGACCCAACAGAGGACCAACUGAUGUCAUUUCCCAUCUCUCAAAAGCGUCACUUUUUAUUUUUUAAAGCACGUCUAAGGCCACAGUCAUGCUUAUGGAGACCGUGAUGUUUUGCAGUGUUUUCAAUCCGGUUGAGGUUUCAGAUCAUUUCCUUUAUGCCUUCGCUGAUGUUUUCUUUCAGUUUUUCAUCCUGAUCGCGCAGCAGAACGGCACACUGGACAGUUUUUAACUACUACAAAGUCCACUUUUUCUUCAGUCUAGAUACUGAUUAUACUUUUUUUUUAAGCAGCAGUUGACUCCUCUGGGUUUCUUUUCUUUUCUGGCUUUUUUUUCUGUUUUUUUUGCCAGUUCUGCCUGAAGAGAAAAUUUGUUGGUCUGCUCAUUUGCUCGCAGAAACCAGAAAAUAUCAGAAAAAUCCCUGUUUGGCAUUUUGUACAGACUUAAAAUAUCUGCAAAAUCAAGUCUUUAAAUAAGGCAGCUCUGGAUUAUUUUUGACUUAGUGUAAAAACUACUAAGACAAUGCAGUGUUCCUGUUUCUCUGAUGAGAUGAGAUCAUUCUCUGUGGGAGAGAAUCCGUCACGACUAACAUGAGCUCGGAUUAUGUCCUCAUUGAACCUCUUUCCAUCUUUUCCUCCUCCCAUCCAGUUCUCCUGUCAAUACAGGUCUGAGAGAGGAGAUUGCAUUAUAUGUUUUCCCACCAAUGGUUUUAAUAUUGUUUUUUUUUUUUUAAUCGUUAUUUUAUCAUUUUAGUACAAAGAUUUCAUUUUGUUUUUAAUUCUUUAAGUACGCCUAUCAGUGGUGAAUGUAUAAAUAAUAAAAAAAAUUGAAGUUUGAAA